GGUCCACUGUCAAAGUAGCAACACGGCUUCUGCAACUCGCGGCAAAAUUGUAAAAUUGCAAGAAAUUCUAACGAUGUCCAAAAUAAAGCACAUAGUUUGGCCCCAGGUCAUUCUAUUUGGGGAUUCUAUAACACAAUUUUCUUUCCAAACUAGUGGAUGGGGUGCAGACAUUGCAGAUAAACUUGCUAGGAAAUGUGAUGUGGUGAACAGAGGUUUCUCAGGAUACAACUCCAAGUGGGCCAAGAUUGUGCUUCCUCGUUUAAUACCCUCCCCAGCUUCAGACAUUGCUGCUGUCACUGUCUUCUUCGGAGCCAACGACUGUGCUUUAGAAGACCAGAACCCGCAACAGCAUAUUCCUCUGCAGGAGUACUCAGAGAACAUGAAGGAGAUAGCUCAGUAUCUGGUGUCUGCAGGCGUGUCCAAGGACAAGAUCAUCUUCAUCACACCACCUCCGCUCCACGACAAGGACUGGGAGAAACAGUGUGCUGCCAAAGGUAAUGCUUUGAAUCGCACCAACAGUGUUGCAGGCCAGUAUGCACAGGCGUGUGUGAAAACAGCAGCUCAGUGUGGAGCGGAGGUGCUGGACCUGUGGACCCUAAUGCAGAAGGAUGUGCCGGACUUCUCUGUGUACCUCUCCGACGGCCUGCACCUCUCAGACCAGGGCAACCAGUUUGUGGCGGCACACCUGUGGAAGCUGCUGGAGUCUCGCGUCAACCACCUGCCCUUCAUCCUGCCCUACUGGGGCGACGUGGACUACAAGAGCCCCGAGAACUGCUUACUCAGUGACGGGCCGCAGGGAGACUCUGCCACCACUUAGGGGCAGCACUGAGCACAAAACAGCACUUAAAAUAGCACUAUUACUAAUAUCACAUGACACUCCCUGGCAGCAGGGUGGCCGAACCGUCCGUCUUUUCAGUGCCUCGUCCGGCGCAAGGAACAGCAUCAAGCGGGACAAAAUGCAUUAAGAAACACAAAUAUAUUCUUGGGGGAGGACCCCCAAACCCCCCGUCCUAAAAUGUCCUCCUUUUUCCUGUCACGGAGAUGGUCACCCUACCUGGCAGUGUUUCUGAAAGACCGUUAAAAUGACGUUCGCUUUGGUUAUUAUGGAUUUUGUUUCCAAUGUUCCAUAGAUGAUGUAAAUGUUCUACUUUUGAUGGCUGCAUUAUUAUUUUCAAACGGUCAAAACUAUCUGCAUCAGAUGACUGGGGUUGGGGCAUUUGAAUAAAUGUUCUUAGGAAAUGCA